CGCCCCGCGUCAGAGGGGGCCGGAGGAGAUGGCGGAGCCGGGCGCGGGCCGGGCCGGCGCCGGGGCGAUGGCGGCGGGCGGCAGCGAGAGGAGGAGCGGCCGCGUCGCCGGCGGGGAGGCCGUCGCCGCUGCGUCCGCACCGCCGCGUUCCCCCGCGGCGGCCGCCGGGGGCGAGGGCGAGGGCGGAGGCGGCGGCGGGGCCAAGCCGCUGAGCGCGGCGGAGUACGCGCGGCGGGUGCACCAGUGGCUCUGGGACUCGUACUGCGGGUACCUGGGCUGGCAGGGCUGCCUGCCCGCCCUCCUCGCCGCCGCCUCCGCCGCCGGGCCCCCUCGCCCCGCCGCCCCGCCGCCCUCCCCCCCGACUGCCUCCCCGCCGCCGCCGGCCGCCGCCGCCUACUACAGCCCCUUCUACCUCUUCGCUCCGGCGCCAGCCCCCACGGCCAGCGCCCCGCCGGGGCCUCGCACCGCGGCCCCCGCCACCCCCGCUUGGCCGGCAGCAGCGGGCAGGUUGGCCCCGCUGCCCAGGGCGGCCUCCAGCAGCGGCAGCGCCGGCGGCAGCGGCGCCCCCAGGGAGACGGGGCGGCCGGCGGGUCGAGAGUUCAUUAUCCCUUCGUUGGCACACAGGUUCAUUGCAGAGAUGGUGGAUUUCUUUAUUCUGUUCUUUAUAAAAGCAACCAUUGUUUUAAGUAUUAUGCAUCUCAGUGGAAUAAAGGACAUCUCUAAAUUUGCCAUGCAUUACAUCAUAGAAGAAAUAGAUGAAGAUACGUCCAUGGAAGAUUUGCAGAAAAUGGUGGUAGUAGCCCUUAUCUACAGGUUACUAGUCUGCUUCUAUGAGAUAAUCUGUAUUUGGGGAGCAGGUGGAGCAACGCCAGGGAAAUUCUUGCUUGGGCUGCGAGUUGUGACGUGUGAUACAUCUGUACUUAUAGCGCCCAGCCGUGUGUUAGUCAUUCCAUCUUCUAACGUCAGUAUGACAACGUCCACAAUACGAGCUUUGAUCAAGAAUUUUUCUAUUGCUUCAUUUUUUCCUGCGUUCAUUACACUGCUGUUUUUCCAGCAUAACAGAACAGCCUAUGAUAUUGUAGCAGGGACUAUUGUGGUAAGAAGAAAUGGAGUCAGAUGAUGCCAAGAGAUGAGAUUUCCAGACUGGUUUGGAACAUCCCCCUCCCACCCCCAAUGAACAAAGACCUACUGCAAAACUGAAAUUGAGGUGUCUGUCAGAAUUUUUUGCCCAAAUUAAAUGGGAACUGAUUUAGAAGCUAAAGAAAAUGUUUUGCUCCAGUGUGAUGCCAGCAGCUACCUUCAAAGUAUUGGAGUUUUCAUAAAUGCCAAAGAAGUCUGGGAGAACCAACGUGUAUUAUACCUGGAAGUAUUAACCUCAGAUUGAUGAGAAAGAAGGUGGCUGUAUUAACUGCAGACAGGAGCUUCUCUUUGUGACUCUGUGGAAAGCAGAUACCUAGAAAUAUGCUACCUUAAAAGAAAUGUCACUCCUACAGUUUUGGAUGUUGGCAGGUAACUAGAAAAUAAGAGUUGUUUUCCAAGCAGUUGCCUAAGUCAUAUGAUAAACUCUGAAGGGAACAGAACUGCAGUAUUAGACAGUAAGGCAAAUCACAUUCAUUAAAUUGCCAUGGGUGCAGAGAUGAGCAGUGCUUACCCUGUCCCUUACUGUUGCUUCACAGAUCAUACUCCCUUAACCUCUUUUAAGUAUUUUAUCAGAAGAUUGAUGUGGAAAGUUUUUCGCAUGAUUGUCUCAAGCACUAUCUAUUACUGCACAUGUCAAAGCUAAUAAAGAGGUGAAAUAAUAGCUGCAUUUCCUCUGGGAAGGAUAUGUUACACUGCAGUGUUAGUGAAGUGAUGUGUGUAAAUAAUUUUGGAACUAUGAGCAGUACAGAUCAUGCUAAUGAGAGGUAAAUAACUUUUUUUGCUUCUGUUUGGAGUGAAAGCACUUGUCUAUUCUUGCAUCUAUUACCAAGCAAAACAACCAUGUGUUUCAGGAGCAUGCAGGAAACAUGAACUAUGUUAUGGGUGUAAAUCUGCAGAAAUACAAAUACUGGUUAUUUUCACAUUUUAAUUCUGGCUAAAUGUAUUUCAGAAUAACUUAAAUACUGAAUAAAGAAGCCUAAUAUUUUGCAUGAUUAAAUACUUUAUUUGUUUAUUCUCAUGUUAGUAUCUCGAAAUAGAAAUAUAAGCAACACUGUUAAAGUUUUAUUAAAAUUCAAGAAUUGUUGGAAAAA